UCUGCUUGUUUCCCCGUCACCUGAGCUCCCUGCGAGGCUACAGCUGUAACCCCGGCGGCGCAGACUCUGCACCACCACCCCCGGCGGUCCGGGGGACCCGUGACUCCUUUUCCUGCCCCGCCAGUCCAUUCCCUUCUAGGCCCCCCGGGCUUGUCUCCUGCCCUAACCAAACCUGGGGCGGGGGUCUGUGAUCAUGGCCUCUCUUUUCAAGAAGAAGACGGUGGAUGAUAUAAUAAAGGAGCAGAAUCGAGAGUUACGAGGUACACAGAGGGCUAUAAUGAGAGAUCGAGCAGCAUUAGAAAAACAGGAAAAACAGCUGGAACUAGAAAUUAAAAAAAUGGCCAAGAUUGGUAACAAAGAAGCCUGCAGAGUAUUAGCUAAACAGCUUGUGCAGCUGAGGAAACAAAAAACUAGAACUUUUGCCGUAAGUUCAAAAGUCACUUCUAUGUCCACACAAACUAAAGUAAUGAACUCCCAAAUGAAGAUGGCUGGAGCCAUGUCAACUACUGCAAAAACAAUGCAGGCAGUUAACAAGAAGAUGGAUCCACAAAAGACAUUACAAGCAAUGCAGAAUUUCCAGAAGGAAAACAUGAAAAUGGAAAUGACUGAAGAAAUGAUCAAUGAUACAUUGGAUGACAUUUUUGAUGGAUCUGAUGAUGAAGAAGAAAGCCAGGAUAUUGUGAACCAGGUGCUUGAUGAAAUUGGAAUUGAAAUCUCUGGAAAGAUGGCCAAAGCACCAUCAGCUGCCCGAGGUUUACCAUCUGCAUCUACAUCAAAAGCAUCUACAAUCUCUGAUGAAGAGAUUGAACGACAACUUAAGGCUUUGGGAGUAGAUUAGCUAAAAUUUAUUUAUGAUCUAUAUUAAUGAUUUACAAUCAGCAUAAAACUGGCACUGUAAAUUCUUUUUACAGAACUUACUUAUUUUGCAAAAAAUACAGUCAGUGAAGUUUCAAUCCAUACCUUGUUUUAAGUCUUUUUGCCAAAGAAUGAUUUACAAAAAAGAGAAGACAUUUGAAUCUUAAUUACCAAAUACUUGGAAAUGAUUAUGUCUAAACUUCUUCCCUGCAUGUUAUAUUAUAAAAUUCUAUUAAUGUUAGUGCCAGAUCGUACUUGCAUUCUAAAUCUUUUCUCCCCAUGUAGAGAAAUGGCACUAAGCACCAAUAUAAAGAAUUGCAAUAGAUUCAAUUGACAGGAGACCUUUAUCUGCUGCUUGUAUUUUGAACCAUGGCCACAAGAACUGCAAUUAUCAAAUUAUAUUUAAAAUGCUUUGAAACAAAAACCCUCUUUCGAUAUGUAAAGUUUGUAGUUUUUUAAAACAUUCUUGGCACCUGCCUUAAAUUCUUGUAGCACAAAAAAUUCUGUGCACUUCUUUAAAUUGUUGUUGUGAAACUUGAAUUAACAGUUUUAAACUUAAAUGGUGAUCUAGUUUGACAGUUCUUGAGGUUUCUUAUCUGGGACCUAUCACUUUACUUGACUAGUUAUACAUACACUGACCUGGUAGUUAGGAGACCUGAAUUCUAAACCUAACUUUAACUAGUGGUAUGGCCUUGGAAAAGUCACAUCCCCUCUCUAGGACCUCAGUUUCCUUAAGCUGUAAAAUGAGUGGGUAUCUACAAAAUGAUGUACAAAAUGUCUCUUCCAGCUCUAAAAUUCUACAAAAUUAACCAUAAAGGACACUGAUUUCAUUUUGUUAAGAUAAUAAUGUAACAAUUUGUUGAUCCUUGAAAGAAUUAUUGUGCCUUUCUCUAUGUGAAUCCCACUUUUCCUUCCACAUUCUUAUGAGCUGAAUUCAUCCUUAGAUUGAACCUUCUUUCCAGAUGCCAUGUGUCCAGUAAAAAGCACUACUAAUGCUAAUAUAGUAGCAGAGGAUAUUAAACAUAGCAAUUUUAAAGCAAAACUAAUUGAAGUUUUUGUAAAUAAACUUUUGUCAGAAAAAUGCUGCCUAGAAAGUGUAUUAAUAUGCUAUGCUGUAUUUUUUUAAAGUAGAAAUGCUGUGGUAUUUAAUGUGUAUAUAUUGGAAAAAUUGAACAAAAAUAGGUUCCUUUAAGUCUU